CAUGCCCCUGGCCAGAGAGAGCAGGAGUGAGUCAGCGGGGUGAAGUUUCCUCCUCAGACAGAUUUCGCUGCUCAGAGCAACAUCUCAUCUCAUGUCUGAGGGAAGUGGCGCAACCUCUCAGCUCAGUGUGUGCAGUGCAGACCGGUCAAACUUUUUUAAUGCACUCACGUCGACAUGUGCUCAGACUUGUAAAAUAACUUUGUCCCAACUCAUUGCGCUGCACAGGGAAACUAUGUGCGCCGAUUGCCCAACUUCUUGCGCCGAACAGGACCCAAGCUGCCAAGUUUUAAACCCAAACUGCGGGAUGGAGUCGCGGACUCCGCUACAGACGGGCCAUCGCGGUGAAGGUGUGUGUCAGAAAGGAUGCGGGCUCCUGCUGUCCCCUGAGGACAUCAGCAAAGGACAGCAUUGCUGUGUGGACGCGCUCCGCACCGUCACCGACAGGCUGGAAGAAAGAAGCGCAACUCUGGAGCACGAAGCCCGGAUGGCGAGGCUCAGGUGGAACAGGAGGGAGCAGUCCCUGUUAGCCCAGGUGUCCUCUCUGCAGAACGAGGCCCAGCUAUCUGCUCUCAAGUAUCAACGGAGGCUGCACCAAUACAUGCUGCACAUCAACAGCAUUGCAGAGCAGGUCUCUGGGUACUACAAGAGAGAUGUGAGAUCUGACAUGCAGAGCCAGAUAUCAGAUAAAGCAACAUGUGCAGAGGGAGAACCACAGGAGCAGCUCAAAGCACCUGAGGUGAAUGGGAAGGAGUUGUCCAAGUCCAGCCAUGAGGAGACUGUGGAAGCCUUUCGCGCUGCCAAGGACCCCGUCGUGGUGCAGGUCAUCAGGCGGACCCCCAGCGGCCGACCCCAUGGCCCCCCUCAGGAAAUCCAUGUGGUGGAUGUGUGCACUCAGACCGACAUCACCUUUGAACACAUCAUGGCUCUGGCAAAGCUCCGGCCUUCGACCCCUCCUGUGCCUGACGUCUGUCCCUUCCUGCUCUCUGACAGCUGUCAUUCUCUUCACACAAUGGACCAGGAUUACUAUGAAGGGACAGACUACCUCUCCCCUAUUCCGGCUGACGGAGAGAGGACAGAGGAGUUUGAGUAUGAGGAAGUGGAAUUGUGUCGACUCAACAUCCAAGAAAAGUUGGGGCUAACUCUGUGCUACAGAACAGAUGAAGAGGAGGAUGUGGCCAUCUAUGUCAGUGAGAUCAGUCCAAACAGCAUCGCUGCGAGAGAUGGACGUAUCCGAGAGGGGGAUCGCAUUUUACAGAUUAAUGGCCAAGAUGUACAAGACAGACAGGAAGCAAUGGCUGCGCUCUCCAACGAUGAGAGCAGGAACAUCGUAUUACUGGUUGCCAGACCUGAAAUGCAGCUGGAGGAGGCCUGGCUGGAUGAUGAGCACAGCGAGUUCCUGGAGCAGCUGAAGAUGGAAAUGUUGGAGGAGCAGCAGAGAGAGGAGAUGGAAUUGGCUGCCUUACAGGAGGAGCAGGAGAAUGAGCAGAGAGCAGACGACGACAAGCCCACCUGCUCCACACUCCCUCAUCAUAAGGAUAGUUUACUUAGUAUAAAAGACAGAAUGGAGAGCUCGGAGCACAAUGUCCUGGCACACAUCCAGAGACGUUUGUCCCAGUGCCUAAAAGACAAUCGGGACACACACCAUACCACUGGCUCGAUGCGGCUGGAGGACAAGGACGACGAGGACGACGAGGAGACGGAGGGUGAUCGUUUCCAGCAGCUCUUGGAGCUGAAGUGUCAGAUACGUAACAGCGGCGAGUACGACCUGUUCUACAGCCGCCGCAGCACCAUUGAAUGCAGCAUGGGGGAGCAGGGCGGUGUGCAGCAUGAGCUACGUAUGCUCAACGAGGAGCUGCGCAGCAUCGAACUAGAAUGUCAGAACAUCAUGCAGGCUCAUAACCUUCGUAAGGGCCAGCAGUCUCCCUCCUCGGGCCACUCUGCACCCUCAACCAAAAACCAAAGCCUCCAUCAAAACGACCCUACGAGGAGUAAGCUGGCUGACAUUAAUGAGAGGCUGGAGAAAUCGGACAAGGACAGCUCCAGUGCCUAUAACACGGCGGAGAGUUCACGAAGCACCCCUCUAGCAAUGGACCGCUCCCCAGAGCACUCACUUCAGAGGAUGGUUAGUCUCACCAACCAGAGGAACCUCUGCAGUGGCUUUGCUACCGGCCCUUCUCUCAGCCCAAGCCCCAUCCCAGCAUGCCGUGCUCCAGUCCCAGGGAAAAGCUGCAGCCCUGACCUCGGUAAUCCUUCUGAGUGGAACCAGACAACUCAGGCUGAGGAGGACAGCAGCGGAAAAGUGAAGCCCCUUGCUUUCCAGAUUCCGUACUUCUCUCCAUCCCACAGUUCCCAGCAGAGGCAGGUCAACAUCCCAGCUCAUGCCCGCCACUACCAGAGCUACAUGCAGCUGAUCCAGCAACGCUCAGCUGUGGAGUACGCCCAGAGCCAGCUCAGCCUGCUCAGCGUCUGCAAAGAGCCUCAGAGGCCCACUAAUGAACCCAAGAUGGAGUGGAAGGUCAAAAUUCGCAGCGAUGGCACACGCUACAUCACCAAGAGGCCGGUAAGAGACAAGAUCCUUAGGGAGCGAGCCCUAAAGAUUAAAGAGGAGCGUAGCGGGGGAAUGACCACGGAUGAUGAUGCAAUGAGUGAAAUGAAGAUGGGGAGGUACUGGAGUAAAGAGGAGAGAAAGCAGCACCUGGUCAGAGCAAAAGAACAGAGGAAAAGACGAGAGUUCAUGCAGCGUAGUCGGCUGGAAAGCUUGAAGGAGAACCCUCAGAGCAGCAGCGAGGGUCGCAAGGAAGUCAGCAUUAUAGAGCUCAGUCAGAAGAAGAUGAUGAAGAAACGCAACAAGAAGAUCCUGGACAACUGGAUGACCAUCCAGGAGCUGAUGACUCAUGGCACUAAGGCUCCCGAGGGAGCCAAAGUGCACAACGCCUUCCUAUCAGUCACUACUGUAUAAAAUAAACACACACAUUCUACCCCAUGCGGUAUAAUAUACUUGCCUCGUUCAAUGUGGCGUUUUUAUGAGGACAAUAGGAAUAUUUUUCACACUUUGUAACCCAAAAAGCAUUUUGUAAAGAAUUUAUCAGUGGUGUCAAGGCAUUUCCUUCAUGUUCUUCAGUAUUGUUUUUCUCAAAUCAUUCUGCGGGAAAAACAUUUUUCUACAAAACGAUAUACUUAUUUUAUUACUUCACUCGAAACAUUUUUAUCUUUUCAAUUCUAUUUUCAUAUUUAUGUUGUAACCAUAUGACUCAAAAUGGUUGUAUGAGCAUCUUAGGAUAGUUAAGUAUUUUCUUUUGUGUAUUACAGUAUGUACACCUGCCAGUUGCAAGACACAAUGAAUCAGUGGGUCUUUUGCCUUUCACCUACUUUUUAAUGCUCUUUCAUUAACAUAUCUACUUAUCCUUUAAAGCUGAAAUCAGUUACUCUCAAUGAUGUUGAAAUCAUCUUCAAACUACUGGUGCUUUUACAUGGAUGAGUCAACUAUAUAGAUAGCAGAAAAUGACAAUAGCUUAAGUCAAUUUUACAACAACAGAAAGUUAAAAUAAGUUAAAACAAGGUACACGUUUCAGCUUUAAAGAACCACAAAUAUCUUACAUUCCUAUCAUUGUACUGUACAACUUGCUCUUCAUAAAGAUUGAGCAUAACUACAGCAAGAAUGUGUUUAAUCCCUAAAAUGUAAUGGAUUUGAAAUGGAUUCAUUGACCUUAAAGGGAAGAAAAUCCCUUGUGUUUCAUGAUAAACUGCCAUAUCUCUUUUGGGGAAAUAAAUUGAGGUUGAGGUUUAAGAUUACUGUACAUUGUAAGUUGAUAAUAUUAGCAAAUGUUUUUGGUCAACAAGUCAAAUAACUUUUGCUAAUAUUUUUAUUAUCAGUAAUUUUAUAAAAGUUCAAUACCUCAUGUUACAGUGGAGCUCUUCAUCUGUUGUUUCUGUAAUUUGUUAACUUGAGCCACACUUUUAAAAAGCUACGAACAAGGAAACAAUACUGCUGCUACAUUCACAGUUCAAUGGAAAAAAUGGCAUUUUGGACACAGCAUUUAUGUACUAUAUAUAUUGUACGUAUGAUAUUUUUUUGGAGUAAAGGAACACAAACAUCCCAAAAGUAAAAAAUAUUCGGACUCAUUGCCAGUGCUGCAGCUUUGUUUUGUAUGGUUUACAGCUUUGGGUAGAAAUGAUUUUGUAUUCAAUUUUAUUUUUUCAUAAUAUUUUGAGUUUUUUCUACAUAUUCAACAAGCGGACCUGCUCAUAGCUUUUACAUACCAGUAUUUUUGCAUCAUCAACAUACACCUUUACUCAGCAUAGCCUUAACAGCAAAAACUGAAUCAAUGAUACGUUUGUGUGGCAAACAGAUUUCAUAACCUGUCUUUGGAUAUAUCUGUGCAACAAGAGAGGCAUUAUUCAGCCUUAUUCAUACAUUGUAUAAUUUGAGUUUUUUGUAACUGGGAAAUAUAUAUCAUCAUUAUUGAAUGAUAUUUGCAAUCACAUUAAAUGUGUUAGGAUGAUUGCCACUGAGCAGGACUCAGAACACAGCAUAUUAGAUCAUUGAAAAACUAAACUGGUGAAAUGAAUGGGUUGCCAUUUAUCAACAGACUUUAUAGUCCAGUUACAUGUACAGUAUAGUCAUUCCAAAUGCCUCACUUUUAACUGAAAUAUUGUAAAUUUUAAAUUUUAAACCAAUCCCUGUAUUUGUUUUGAGUCAAUGUCAAUGGUCUAAUUUUGAGUAAUGCGUAGUUGGCACAUUUGUAGCCGGGUAAAUGUGUGAUAAUGGUGAUCUUUAC